AUGGGGAAAAAAAAAAUAUUAUUUUAUUUUUUGAUUUAUGGUAUAUCUAUCUUGAUAUUAAUAAAUUAUGAACAUGUUAAUAAUUUGGUAAAAAAAAAAUUUCAAAAAAAAGAUGGUGAAAAUGUUAAGAAAAAUGAAGAAGCAUCAUAUUAUGAAAUUGAAAGAGAAUACAUAAAAUAUGGAACUAGCCAAAAUGAAAAAAGUUCAAUUUUGUUAUUAGAUAUAUUUUCUAUUAUACAAAAAUAUAUACAAAUUUUUUAUGAAUUUUUGUUAAAAGAUAUACAAUGGAAUAAAUGGUUUAAAAAUAGAAGAACAUAUAAUAAUCCGAAUUGUAUAGAUGAUAUAAAAUAUGUAUAUCAAAAUAAUUGUAUUUUACCAUAUCCUAAAUAUUAUAUUCUAAACAAUUCUAAAAUAAAUAAUAAUAGAAAAUUAUCUAUAAGAGAAGAUCCAAAUGAAUUAAAACCAUAUGUUACAAGAGGUCAAAAAAAUGAAACCGUUGUUAAUUUACAUGAAUAUUUUGUUAAAGAUGAUCAAGUUAAAUUAAAAAAUCCAGAAAUUUUUAUAAUUCCUAAAGAAUAUUUACAUAGAGUAGUUAUCAUAUGUUCUAAACCAUCUAUACAUUAUAGUCAUGUUAUAACUAGACCAUCGAAUGCAAUGCAAUAUAUUCUUGAUGAAGAUAAAGAAAUAAUUCCAACUGAUAGUACAUAUCCUGUUAUAUUUUAUCCUGAAGUAAAUAAUUGGGGGUUAGAUAAUAAACUUUCGACAGGUAUGGUCGAAUUUUUAAUUCCUCCAUAUAGCAAUAAAACAGGGGAUCUUAUAAUUACAUGUGCAAAUAUAGAUGCAAAUAAUAGUUACAAAUUUGAAGAUUUUAUCAUUAUUCGAGUCAGAGUACAUCAAACUUAUAAAAAAAUAUUAGGAAUAAGUAGUGAUAAAAAUGAUAAACCAUAUUUUGAAGAAAUUAUUAGUGAAGAAAAAGAUAUAUAUGAAUUUGAAGGAUAUUUAGAAAAAGUAAUUGGAAUCAAAUUAGAAGGAUAUGAAUUAGAUCCACCAAAUUGUUUUAAAAGUGUAUAUGAAGAUGAUAAAAGAAUAUAUUUAGAAGUAGAAUAUCAUUAUUCAAAAUGUAUUAACUUAGACAGAAAAAAUUAUAAAUUAAGAUUUUAUUUUUUAUCACAAUAUUUUGCUGAUUAUGAAUUAAAGUUUUCAUGUAAUAUAAUUAAUAUAAAAACUCAAAAAAAAAAAACUGUUACAUUUGGUGAUGGAAUGGCAACAUCUGAUCACAUUUUAAAAAUAGUUGAUGAUGAUAGUAAAACGAUUAAAUAUUUUAACGAUAUACCUUAUCAGAUGUGUAAUUUUGAUUAUAAUUUAAGCAAAUUAAGUGAAAUACAAAUAUGUGAAAAAACAAUAAAUGAAUUUAGUUUAUUCAUGUAUAAUUGUGAGCAAAUAACAGAUAAUAGAAUCGUAUAUGGUAAAGAACCUAUUAAUACCAUAAAAUAUUUAAGUAAUGUAUUUCCUAUAAAUAAAUUUACAGAUUUAUUUUUUAAUACAAAAGAUAUAGAUAUACCAGAAAUAAAUGAACAAUUUAAAGGUUUUAAAUUUUUUAUGACCUCAUUUAUAAAUCAUGGAUCAUAUCCACUAACCAUAGAAUGUGGUGUAACAAAUGGUGGGACUGAUUAUAGAAGAGCAAUUAUUUUAUUACAUGUUCGAACAGAUUUAAAAGAUAGACCAGUUUCAUUUUGUGAUUUUAGAAAAGGUGAAUUAUAUAAUUAUUUAAAUGCUUAUAGUGAAGGAGAUCUAUGUAUAAUAAUUUCCAAAUCAAAUACAAGUUUUGGUUUUAGAUGCCCCGAAAAUACAAAAAAAAUGCCAGAAAAAUGUUUUACUCAAGUAUAUGAAAAAGGCUAUCUACAUGAUUCCUAUAAAAUUAAUACUAAAAAUAUUAUUAACUAUUCAUUUGAAAAUCCAGAAUAUGCAUUAGCUGGUUUUAAUUAUACAUUAACAAAAUCAUAUCAAUUUGAAUGUCAUUGUGUAGAUAAAGAAACAGAACAAAUUGUAAAAACUGUUUUAGUAAAAUAUGUAAAUGAAGAUGAAAUAUAUGAUUAUAAUGAUUUACCAUUGGUUAAUCAUAAAUCUAUUGUUGCACAUCCAAAUAAAACACAUCUAUGUGACUUUAUGACAUCUGAUAAUAUGUUAUCACCUAAAAAAGAAGAUUCAGUAAAUUAUGUUUGUAAUGUAUUUCCAAAACCAUUAGAAUAUGUAGCAUUACAUUGUCCAACCAAUAUAGUAGAUGUAGAAAAUGAAGAUGAUAUUUCAAGACUAUCAAAGGAAAUGCAUAAAGAAGAAAUAAAAGCGGAAUUAAGAAUCAAACUUCGAAAAAGAAACAUAUAUUCAAUGUUAUAUCAUACUCCAAAAAAUGCACCAUCAUAUGUGAUAGAUAAAAAUAUGCAAAGUGUAUCAAGCAUAACAGAUGUUAUACCUGGUAUUAUUGUUUUAGAUAAAGUUUCUGAAAAAAUAAGUAAAAUGGAAAAAAAUGAAAACGGUAUUUAUGAUGCAUCUAUAACUCCAGAUGAAAAUGAUGAAACAAAUAUUCUAUAUAAAAAAUAUAUAGGAAAAGAUAAUAGUAUAUCUAAUGGGUUCUUUAUUUUUCAAUUACCUCCAUAUAUUGAAACAAAUGAAACAAUCGAAUUUUUAUGCAUAAAUAGUAGUACUAAAAAGAAUCUAAAUAUUGGAAAUAAUGGUAUAAUGACUGUACAUAUAAGAAAAGAAGGUAAUAAAAUAGAUGGAUGCUAUUUUUAUAAAAAUAAACCUCAAAAUAGUUUUUUAAAAGAAAGUAUAAAAAUGGGUUCUAAUCAAGAAUGUAAAUUACAAAGUGAUGGAGAUUUAGAAUAUUUUGGUAUUUUAUGUCCAACUCAAAAUAACUUUUUUUUAUCACCAAAUAAUUGUUUCUCUCAGAUGUAUACUGAAUCAAAUGAACUAAUAAAAAUAAAAAAUGUCGAUUCAGAUUUUGAAGUAUUUUCAGAUAAAAAAGGUUUAUCAUAUUUAAAAAUAUCACAAAAAUAUUUAGGGUAUUCAAAAUUAAUAUGUUACUGUAAUGAUAACACUAUAGUUAGUAACAUAGAUGGAACACCACUGACUCAGCAAAAUAAAAUUAUCUUAGAAUUUAACGUUUCUAGCAAAAAUGCUUUUGGGGUUCAAAAAACAAAUUACACAAAGGUAUCAAAUUUUUUAGUUGGAUAUGAAUUUUCAAAUAAAAGAGCAACACCAAUUUAUAGAAAAAAACAUGUUUGUGAUUUUACAAAAAAAACGAAUUCUCUUGAACCCGUUAAUGAAGUAGAUACAGUUCAUUCAUGUUAUAUACAUCUAGAACAGAAUCUGAAUAUGGUUCAAGUUAAAUGUCCCAAAAUUGUAAAAAGUGAUGAUGACAUUUUUGAUAGUAAUAUCAUAAUAAAUAAUAAGAAAACAUCACAACGUAGUAGUCAAAAAAAUAAUUUUUAUUUAGAAAAUGCAAAUGUUGAACCAGAAGAAUUAGAAAAAUAUAAAAAUAUAGAAUACAUACCAGAAAAUGAUGAAGUAAUGUAUCUAGACAAAAAAGAAAAAUUAGAUGAUAUAUUACCAGGUGUUAUCAUAUUAGAUAAAAAUAAAAUGUUCAAAGAGAAAGGAAAUUUCACUUUUGUUACUCCAUUAAUUGUAGAAAAAGUAUUAAUAUUGAAAAUAUAUUGUGAUAAUACUAAAACAAUAAUUAAUAAUAUGAAAGGUCAAAAAGGUAUUACAGUGAUAAGGGUUUCUCAAAAUACAACAAAAAAUAAAUUAUAUGGAUGUGAUUUUUCAGGUAAUUCUAAAAAAAAAUUUUACUAUUCCAAUGUUUAUGAUUUAGAAAAACAAAAUGAAUUUUGUGAAAUCGAAUUAAAAGAAAAUAUAGUAGUUAGCUUAAAUUGUCCAACUGGAAAAAUUAAUCCAAAAAAUUGUUUUAGAAAGGUAUAUAUAAAAAGUAACAUGAAUGAACAAAUAACUGAAAAUAUCGAAAAUAUAUUUAAUGAAAUAAAAGUUAUAGAUGCAGAUUAUUUUAUAAAUAAUUCAUCAACAUUUUUAAUGAUUUCAAAAAUUACAAAAAAAGAAUUUGAUUUUUAUUGUACAUGUGAAGAUUAUAAAACCAAAAAUAUAGGAACAAUAUAUAUUAAAAAUUAUGAAUAUCUAGAUUCAAAACCAAUAUAUAAAAAUAAAAAAAUCUCUUAUAUAGAUGUAGUUCCAUAUUAUUUAAAUGAUUCUUAUGUUUGUGAUUUUACCGAAAAACAUUAUUCAAUUUUACAAAGAAAAAAUAUUAAUAUUGAGGAACUACUAAAAAGAUAUUUGAGUAUGAUUAAACCAUAUGAGGAUGGAGAAUACAAACAUUAUAAUUUGAAUCUAAAAUUAAAAAAAGAAAUUAUGAAAAAACAAUAUAUAGAAUAUUUAAAACAAAAAAUCAAAGAAUUUGAAGAGAACCCAUUUAACAUUACAAAAUAUGAUAAUCAAAUAGUGUCUUUUAGAUGCAAUAUUGAUUUGAAUCCAUUUGAUAAAUUUGUGAUAAAAUGUCCACCAAAAAAAAAUAGUAAUACAUAUUUAAAAGGUCAAGAAUAUUCUGAUUCAAUUAAUACAUCUAUUGAAGAUGUUCAAUUUGAAAAUUUUACAUAUCGAUCUAAUCUUGGACUAAAUGAAAAUAAAAUGUUAGAAAAAUUAAAUAACGUUUUAUUUGGAUCUCUUUUGAUAAAUAAAAAUACAAAUUCAUCUUUUUUUGAACAAGGAACAUUAGAACUUAUUAUUUCUCCAUAUUCUGAAUCUUCAAAAAAUAUUGUUUUUUCAUGUGAAUAUUUAGAAAAAGAUGAAUCAAAAGGAAUUAUAGGUACUGCAUCUAUAUUUAUAAAAAAAAAUGAUAAUAAAAUAUUAGGAUGUCAUUUUAUUGACAAAUCUUUUGAUGUAAAUUCUUUAGAAGAAACAGAUGAACAUCUAACAUCAUUGGCAUAUAAAAAUAAUUCUUUUGUGUUUGAAACAAAUUUAAUAGAAGGAAAAACAGUUUAUUGUGAUAUAGAGGCCAUAGAAAAUGAUGUAGUUGGUUUGAGUUGCCCUUAUAAUUUUAUAACAACUCCUGAAAACUGUUUUGAAUAUGUACAAAUAGAAGGAACAGAUAAAGAAUUAGAAACACAUAAAUUAGAUAAUUUAUUAUAUGGUGUUAAAAUAUUUAAAAAUGAAAUGUAUAAGCAAAACUAUACUCCAACAUAUAUUAUAUUACCAAAAAGAAUAAAUAAAUCUCUUAAAAUAUUUUGUUCAUGUAAUUCGAUAACUUCCAUUCAAGUUGGAAUUAUACAAAUAAAUGUUAUUGGAAAUGAUUUAAAUAAUUGGUUUAAAAAAGAAGUUAUUCAUAAUAUAUAUGCAUAUCAAAGGCAGCAUUAUUAUUAUGACUUUUCUUCUGGAACCUUGAGUAUAACAUCUGAAAAUGAUACCCCCAUUUCAAUUCUUUCAGAUAAGACAUAUGAUUCAAACAACGAAUUAGAUGUAGAUGUAAACGAAAUACCACAAUUAAACAUGUUAAAAUUGAAUUCUCAAGAAGAUUCUACAUCUACCGAACAAUAUAAAAACGAUAAUCCCAUUGAUCAAGAAACACAUAAUGAUGAUAAUAUCCUGAACCCACUUCGAACAAAAAAAGUAUAUGAAGUUACUAUAACUGCAUCAGAAUUUACUACUAUAAAAAUUGUAUGCCCUUUAAGAAAUUAUGAACAAUUCAAGCAAUCCAAAAUAACUCCAGAAAACUUUUUUGAAUAUGUACUUGUAAAAAAUAAGGAAAUAGAUGCAGAAAAAGGUAUAUCAUUACUAAAUUUAGAACACAUUGAUAAAAUAUUUAUAGACAAAUUUAAAGGCAAUGACAAAAAAAACAAACUAGAAACAGAAAAAUACAAAAAUAGGGAUAUUAACAAAGAUGAAGAAGAAGAUGAUGAAGAGGAUGAUGAUGAAGAAGAUGAUGAUGAAGAAGAUAAAAAAAAUGAACAAGAAAAAAAAAAAACGGAUAAAUUUAUUAAAGAAGAAAUUAAAAAAGUUGAAUAUGAUAAUUUAGGAAAUAAAAUAAUUAUUUCUGUUAAAUCAAAAAAACCAAAAGCUACUAUUGAAGAUACAGAUAAAAUAUAUAAAAAAAAAAUAAUAAAUGAAAGUGAAAAAUAUAUUGUUAAAAAUAUAAAUGAUGUUAUUUCAUAUGUUAAUUAUAAAUCCGAAAUAAAUGAUAAUACAUAUGAAAGUACAAUAUAUUUUUCACCACUUUUAUUAAAUAAAGCACAAUUUUUUAUUAAUUGUGAUAAUUCAUUAACGUUAAAUCAAAGUAAAAGGGGUAAGACAGCAAUUGUUAAAAUUAAUGUUCAUCCAAAUUCUUUAAAGAUUAUGGGAUGUGAUUUUGUCGGAGCAUAUUCUUCUUAUUUUAUAUUUAGUAAAAAAUGGGAUCAAAUAACUCCAAAUUAUGUUUGUGAAAUUAAUGUAGAAGAUGAUUCUAUUAUUGGAUUGGCUUGUCCUUAUAAUACAAAAAUAUAUCCUUCUGAUUGUUUUGAAAGUGUUAUAAAAAAUAAUAAAGUUUACAAAAGAGAUACCUUAAUUGAAUAUAAAAAUACAUUUUUUUAUCAAAAAAAUGGAAAACCUACAUUAUCUUUUAUACAAAUUAAAAAAGUUUAUUCUGACCAUCUUACUUGUAAGUGCUUUGAAAAUAAUAAUGGAAAUUACAAAGAAGUUACUAUCAAAUUAAUUUAUAAAUCAUAUAUAUUAGGAACACCAAAAAUGACUUUAAAUAAACCAUUUAUGAAAUAUAAAAGUGUUAAUUUUUUGGAUUAUCUGAUUGGGAAGAAAUUCUAA